ACACUCCCGCGUCAAACCUCACAAGAAUCACACAACCCCACUUUUUCUCUACUCCAACUACAGCAUUUCCUAAACAAACCAAAAAAAAAAACUCUCUCGUAAUAAUAUCAUCAUAUCUCACUAGACAAACACAAAAAUGUCACCAUACAAUUACACUCUCAAACACUUGGCUCUCUUUCUUCUCUUCUUGAUCACUUCCACCUCAGCGGCAGCCGGAGGCGGCAGAAGAAAGCUCCGUUUUGACAUGUCAAGUGGCGGUGCACCAUUGGCCGGAACCCCCACAGGGGCCACUGGCUCUGGCCAUGGUGCAAACUGGGACUACAGCUGGGGAUGGGGCUCCGGACCCGGCACCGGGUACGGGUAUGGUUCCGGUUCGGGCCGUUCUCCAACGGGCUUUGCCAGAGGAUAUGGCUAUGGUUUUGGAUCCGGGACCGGGUCUGGAUCCGGGUAUGGAUAUGGAUCUGGUGGUGGUGCUCAUGCCGGUGGUUAUGGGUCUGGAAGUGGUUCGGGAAACUCCGGUGGUGGUGGCUAUGAUGAUAAAAAUGGUGGUGGUGACGAUAAUAAUAGAUUACCCUCAUCCUCAUCUAGGGGCAACACCAACCAUGGGUAAAUGUAUUUGACAUGGAGCUAUAUAGCUAGUAGCUAUGUGUGCCUCGUCUUGAUAGUGUGAUAUUAAGUAUUACUAUCUAUAAUUAUAUUAUAUGGGAAAAAAAUGAAUGGUGUGUAUGUAUUAUAGAUGUUGCUAGAGCUAGCUAGUCAUAAAGCUUUAAAGUUGCUCUAUGCCUAAUUAAUGAAAAAUCUUAACAUAGACUACGUAUAAUUUUGCAAUGUUUAGUACUCUUUCCCUCUCUUACGUUUGUAAACUUUGUAUUUAUUUUGUAAUAACGGGAAA